UUGGGGGCGGCCCGGAGCGGCCGCUCGCGAGCCGCGUGCGCGAGCGUCCCGACUGCGCGUUCUCUGCCCCGUGCUCUCGGCGCGCGCCCUCCCGCACCCGGUCCUCCCAUUUGCCCCAAACGACCGGGCCCCAUCGGGCAGUCCAUUCUCCGCCCGCCUCUCCCUGGCCUCAGCUCUCGGCGGCGGCCUCAGGAUGAAGCAGCAAAGGCGGCGAAGGCGGCGGCUGUGAAAGAUGGUGGAUGUUGAUGUUUCUGCUGGUGGAGAUAGCACCAGGAGAAAAAUGGAGGCCCUGACCGACAGUGCAGUUGAAAUUGUCCCUUCUGAGCUCUAUGAUUCAGCCAGGGCGAAAAUAGCUGCUAAUCUACAAUGGAUCUGUGCUAAAGCCUAUGGAAUAGAUAAUAUCCCAGAAGAUCUAAAAGACCCAUUUUACAUAGAUCAGUAUGAACAGGAACAUAUUAAACCACCUGUUAUCAAGCUUUUGCUGUCCAGUGAGUUAUAUUGUCGAGUCUGUAGCCUCAUUUUGAAAGGUGACCAGGUAGCAUCAUUAAAGGGACAUCAAUCCGUUGUUCAGGCCUUGUCUCGGAAAGGAAUUUAUGUAAUAGAGAGUGAUGAUACACCAGUGACUGAAUCUGACCUCAGUUGUACACCUAUAAAAAUGAGUUCGCAUAUGGCUAUGAUUGAUGCUUUAAUGACGGCCUACACUAUAGAAAUGAUCAGCAUUGAAAAAGUAGUUGCCAGUGUCAAACGCUUUUCUACAUUCAGUGCCUCCAAAGAGCUUCCAUAUGAUCUGGAGGAUGCAAUGGUUUUCUGGAUUAACAAGGUGAACCUGAAAAUGAGGGAGAUAACAGAAAAAGAGGUAAAAUUAAAGCAGCAACUUUUAGAGAGCCCGGCUCACCAAAAGUCUCCUUCCAAAUGGUAUUGGAAAUUAGUACCUGUUCGAUAUCGACGAGAACAUCUUUCAAAUAGACAAUUACCAUACUUUCCGUUGCUGGAAGAUCUAAUGAAAGAUGGCAGUGAUGGUGCUGCUCUUUUAGCUGUUAUACACUAUUAUUGCCCAGAACAGAUGAAAUUGGAUGAUAUAUGUUUGAAGGAAGUAACAUCAAUAGCUGACAGUUUAUACAAUAUUCAGCUUCUGAGAGAAUUCUCAAAUGAAUACUUAAACAAAUGCUUUUAUCUCACCUUAGAAGACAUGCUAUAUGCUCCUUUAGUGCUAAAGCCAAAUCUUAUGGUUUUUAUUGCGGAAUUAUUCUGGUGGUUUGAGAAUGUAAAGCCAGAUUUUGUACAACCAAGGGAUAUUCAAGAAGUAAAAGAUGCUAAAACAGUUUUGCAUCAAAAAAGCAGUCGCCCUCCUGUUCCUAUUUCUAAUGCAACUAAACGAAGUUUCAUGUCAAGCCCGGGUACUUCUGGCCAAGCAGAUAUGCAGCCUCCAGUUCAGUUACCACCAGAAGCUUGCAACAGGUAUUACCUGCACCCUGAAGAAUCUGACUAUCUUGGGAAAGGGAGCCCUGCCUUUAGCCCAUCUCAUCCUUUAUUGCCAUUGAGACAGAAACAGCAGAAAACAAUACAGGGGGAGGACAACCAGGAUCAGCGUCAUCGUUCUAAUUCAUUAACUCGAGUUGAUGGACAGCCACGUGGUGCAGUCGUUGCAUGGCCGGAAAAAAGACCCAGGCCUCUAUCUCAGCCAACACCAUUUGCUCUUCAUCAUGCUGCAAGUAGUGAUGUGGAUCCUGGUUCUGGUGAUAGUAUUAGCUUGGCUCGAUCAAUUAGCAAAGAUAGUUUAGCAUCUAAUAUUGUUAGCCUCACCCCCCAAAAUCAACCUCAUACAACAUCUGUUAAGACUAAUGGGAAAAGCUUGCUGAAUAAUGUUGAUAUUGAGGAUGAAGAUGAAGAACUUGUUGCAAUAAUUAGAGCAGAUGAAAUUCCAGGCUCUGGUGACUUAGAAUUGCAAAGUACGUCUUCCAGGGCCUCAAGUUUAAUGGCAAGUUCUCGGUCUCCUAAAAGACAAGUGGAAUCCCUAGAAAGUAAACCUGAUAGUUUUUUCUUAGAGCCCUUGAUGCCUGCAGUACUUAAACCAGCAAAAGAAAAACAGAUUAUUAAUAAAGAAGAUGAAUGUGGCGAAGGGAAGCAAAGGAGUUUUUUGGCUAAAAGACUUAGUGAAGGACAUCAGCUAUUGGGACGGAAGAAAGUUAAUAGCAAUCAUGUUGAUCGUGAUAUGAAUAGGACUUUUACUCCAAUUUCUAGUUCAGAAUUUCCCACAGCCAUAGAUUCUGCUCCUACUGAUUCAGUAGGAUUGGGGCUUCUAUCAACAGAGGUUUCAUUAGAAACAUGCAGGUCAUUGGCUAGUGGUGGUUUAGAUCAGUUAUCUCAGGAACAAUCUGCUGAAGGCUUCUUUCUUCAUGUUUCCAAGGCUGAUGAAGAUACAGAAAGUAGAAUAAAUGAUAGCAGUGCAAAAAGUACAGAUUCACAUGGUCUAGAAACAACAUGGACUAUAAUUAGGCAAGAUUCUGAUUCAGAUAUCCUAGAUCUAGAGGAAGCUGAACAAGAUUUAAUUGGAGAGGGCCCCCCUUUAGUCAUUACUAAAUAUGUUGGUGAAGAAGAAUCUGCAAAACUACAAGAGGACAUGAAGGUGAAGGAACAUGAAGAUAAGGAUGAUGCCAGUGGACGUUCAAGUCCAUGCUUAAGUACCAUCUCUCAAGCUAGCAGUGUAUCUAUGGCUAGUGGAAGUGUUAGAAUGACUAGUUUUGCGGAACGAAAACUUCAGAGACUUAAUAGCUAUGAAGCAAAGUCUAGUACAAGCAGUUCCCAGAAAACCACACCUGAUGCAUCAGAGUGUUGUCCAGCACCACUAACUACAUGGAAACAAAAGAGAGAGCAGAGUCCUAACAGGCAAAACAAAGAUCACGCUAACCUUUUGGCUUCUGAGCUGGUUCAACUUCAUAUGCAGUUGGAGGAAAAACGCAGAGCAAUAGAGGCACAGAAGAAGAAAAUGGAGGCAUUGUCUGCAAGGCAGCGACUCAAGUUAGGUAAAGCAGCAUUUCUUCAUGUAGUUAAGAAGGGGAAGACUGACAUUGUUCCACAACCACUUAAACCAGAACAUUUUUCAAAAGAAUAUUCUCGGCACAAUGGAGAAGAAUUGGAUGAUGAAACUUGUAAAGCUGAAGAUUUCCUUGUAAAAGAAGAGGAUAGAGAAGAUCUCCUUAGUGAUUCUCAAGAAAUGGUAAAAGUAAAGAUCCAGGAAAAUGUGGCUUUUGUUCAGCACAAAACAAAAGACACCGCUGCUAUACAUGAAUUAGAGAAAAAUAAAAUGCUGUCUGCUGCUCUUUUAGAAGAUAACGUUGGUGAAGUUGUAGAUAUAAAUGAAUGUGAUGUUUCCAUCGAAAAGCUAAAUGAAACCAUUAGUACGCUUCAGCAAGCUAUAUUAAAAAUUUCUCAACAGCAAGAACAACUUCUUAUGAAAUCUCCUACAGUACCAACACCAAGUACUAGAAAUAAUUCCCAGGACCAGAAGGUAAAGCCAUCAAUUCAUUUUGUUGAGCCCCUCUCUCCAACUGGAAUGAACAGUCACCGUAAACCCCCUCGUCUUGGUCAAGGACGCAGUCCUCGUUCAGCACGACCAGCUGAACUAAAAGUUGCUAAAGACAAACAGCAAAGUUCUUCCCGUGUUAAAACUCCAACACCAAAUGUAGAAACUGUGCCUCACUUAAGACCUUUUCCUCCUAAUAAUCAUCCCAGAACACCCACAGAAACAUGUUUGGAAAGUGCCACAAGCCACGGAAAUGACUCUCAAGAAAAGUUUUUCUUUGAUAGUUAUAGGCUUCAUGAUGAGAGUAACCAGAGGACAUUUGUUUUGUCUUCUUCCAAAGAUGCAAACGUUAUUUCUGAACAAAUGAGUAAGGAAGUUUUGAAUAAUAAUAUAAAAGAAACAGAUGUCUCAGGAAAAGAAAAUGUUCCUGUAGAAGAACCAUUAAGGAGCAAGGGUAGUCUUAUAGAAGUAGACCUCUCAGACCUGAAAGCACCAGAUGAAGAAGGAGAAAUGGAAAGCCAUGAUAGCUCUUUAGAUUUAAUUAGUGAAUGUGAUCAGAAGCCUGGUGUAGGCUUUUUCUUUAAGGAUGAACAAAAAGCAGAAGAUGAGCUAGCCAAGAAACGGGCUGCAUUCCUUUUAAAACAGCAGCGUAAAGCUGAAGAAGCUCGUGUACGGAAACAGCAGCUGGAAGCUGAAGUUGAAUUGAAAAGAGAUGAAGCUCGGAGGAAAGCUGAAGAGGACCGGAUACGAAAAGAGGAGGAAAAAGCUCGACGAGAACUCAUUAAACAGGAAUAUUUGAGAAGAAAACAACAACAGAUUUUAGAAGAGCAAGGACUUGGUAAACCAAAAUCAAAACCGAAAAAACCACGGCCAAAAUCUGUUCAUCGGGAAGAGUCAUAUAGUGAUUCAGGAACCAAAUGUUCUUCAACCCCUGACAAUUUAAGUAGUGCCCAGUCUGGCUCCAGCCUAUCUCUGGCAUCAGCAGCAACAACAGAACCUGAAAGUGUUCAUUCUGGUGGCACUCCUUCCCAACGAGUUGAAUCCAUGGAAUCUCUGCCAAUAUUAAGCAGGAAUCCUAGUAGGAAUACAGAAAGAGAUUGGGAAAACGCUUCUACAGCAUCUUCAAUUGCAUCUGUGGCAGAAUACACAGGUCCCAAGCUCUUUAAAGAACCUAGUAGCAAGUCAAAUAAACCAAUUAUUCACAAUGCUAUAUCACAUUGCUGUUUGGCUGGAAAAGUAAAUGAACCACACAAGAAUUCAAUACUGGAGGAAUUGGAGAAGUGUGAUGCCAACCACUACAUUAUACUGUUUCGUGAUGCUGGAUGCCAGUUUAGGGCACUUUAUUGCUACUACCCUGAUACUGAAGAAAUCUACAAGCUAACAGGCACUGGGCCAAAGAGCAUCACUAAGAAAAUGAUCGACAAGCUUUAUAAAUAUAGCUCAGACAGAAAACAGUUUAACUUGAUUCCAGCCAAAACCAUGUCUGUCAGUGUGGAUGCUCUCACUAUUCAUAACCAUUUGUGGCAACCCAAGCGGCCAGCAGUGCCAAAGAAGACUCAGACUCGUAAAUGACAUUGGUUUGGGGGACAAAUAUCUGAGGGGAUUGUGCUGACAGAAGAAUAUUUACCACUUUCUUCAAUUUGGGUACGAAAUGUGCAAAACCAUAAAACUUUUUAAAGAGGCUUCUAGAUAAAAUCAAUCUUCUUUCCCCUCAACACACAUACACAUACACAAUCUCUCUCUCUCUCUCUCGCUCUCUCUCUCUCUCUCUCUCGCUCUCCUUUUCCCCUUCUCUCCUUCUCCUUCUCUUUCUCAAGUUAAAAAGAAUGAAGGAACAAUGCCAGUGUUUUUUAAUGACUCAAAUCUUCUGUUAUAUUUAAUGCUAACUACUGAAGCUUUCAAAUGAGGGACUGUGCAUGUAGCAAGAUCUUUAACCAGUGAAUUUCCUUUUACUUGAAGUUCUCUAUCGGUACAAAUUGGAAAUGAUUUAAUUUGAUUUUCUUGCCUUCCCCAGAACUGAGAAUUGAUCUUAGGUCAUGAGUUUCUGAAUGUGUAUAGAAAAAGAAAUUCUUAUUUGGGGACUUUAUUUUUC